AUGCUUGUCUGUAGUCCAGCCACAUAUGCACACUAUAAAGAAAAUAACAAACUUUUUCAUAAUGAUCUUCCAAUUAUUCAACGUUUAAAACCUGUCUAUGCAACAACAACGUCAGAUUUCAAUACAGAUACGCCAGCAGUUUCUAUUAGUAAUGAAAUAUUUUGUGCUAUUCAUUGGGAAAAUAAUAGCAUUGUUUCUACGGUACCUCAGUCUGCGAUUUUCAAAUCACCUGAAUUUACUAAUGUAAAUGAUAUCUGUUUUAUCGAAGCAGAAGGACAAUAUCGAAAAGGACAAAUUAUUUUUAUAGGUUCGCGAAGAGAUUGUGAAAAGUUGAAGACAUCUUCGAUUGUAUCAGGAAUCAGUAUCGCUUUCAGUAUGGUAACGGAUUCGUUUCUGAGAAAAAGACAAAAUACUUUAGAUUCAACUGCAAAUCCAAAGCUUGGCACUACAUAUGAUAAGUCUGUACCAGUCUUCGAUACGAACACUACAUUAUCUUCACAACAAUCACCUCAGGUAUAA